CCAUUAAAUCCCAAAGAAGAAGAAGAUUGCAGAUGGAGCUAGACGGUGGACCGUGAAUGGUGGAUGGAAGAGCACGCUUGUUUGAAAUGGAAAAGCAUCGUGGUAGCUUUUUAUAAAGAAGACAUCAAGACGAAGCAGCUGCACUGUUGAGCGCUAUAUCCCGAGGGGUUCGUGCUGAUUGUACGGAGAUUGUGACAGUCGGUUAAAUGGCGUCCCUUGAGAAGUCAAGAACAAGAUGUAUGUCAGGAGAAGUGCACUAUUAUCAUAAGUAGACGUAUACUUGGAAUACGGAGGAGGAAUGGAGAGGAAAAGGGAGACAGAGGAGGUCUAAGAGAGAGAGAGAGGGAGGAAGAGCUUGAAUCUGUAAAAAAAAAGCAGAAAAAAAAAUGGAAAUCUGUUUUAAAGAAGAAUGAUAGAAAGUGUAAGCAGAGUGAGCUGAAGACGGGAGGAGAAAUGGUAGGUGUGGUGAAGUUCUCGGGGCCGGAGGCUUGCACUGAGGUUCGGGAUAAAGAUGAGUGUGACAGGAGUAAAGCUUUUGGAAAAGGUGGACCCUUGCCUUUUUUGCUGAUUCAUUUGUGGUUUCAGUGUAGGUGAAAACAGAGUUUGGUGCUGGGAAAUCAGUGAGGGUAAUUAGAAGUGGUCUUGUGAUAAUUGUUUGUUUCUGAUGGUCAAGGAGAGAAAUGCGCUCCGCGUCAAAUGAAUUGUUUUGCUCUCAAGAAAAGUACACCAUUGAAAGGAGUGAUUACUGGGGUAGCAGUAAAAGUAAACCAAAUGAAGGGGAAGAUUCCCGGUGUUUGUGAUGCUUGUCGUUUGGUGCGAUGCAGACAGGGUUGCGUGAGUGGUGAAACUGGAGUCAUUGUCUGUUCUUUUGAGUUUUUGAUGUUGAGUCUUUGCGUGACAAAGUGAUGUUAGGAUAUAUGUAUGUACAAGCUUUUGUGCCAAAUAUAUUAUGUUCUUACAGGGGUCAAGUUUAUGGGCAUGUGGCAGCAAUGUGUAGGAGGGAGGUUCCUAGGUGUGAGAAGUGUGCAGAAAGGCACGAGACAAAGAAAUGUGUAGCAUUGGGGAAAGUAGGGGUAUGUGUUAAUUGUAGGGGUGCCCACGGGGCUGGGGAUCAGACAUAUAUCCCGUGCGAGAGAGGCAGGUUGAAGUUUCCAGGGUUAGAGGAAGACGAGUCAAGGGGUAGGGAUUCUGAGAGGAGUGUGUGAGUAGUAGAUCUGUACCAGUACAGAGGGAUAGGCCAACAAGUGAUAUGUUUCAGUAAGAUUGGAUUUUUAGCAUUUUAUAGCAAUGGUUAUCAACUGUUCUGCAGGAAUGGAACAUAAGUCGCAGAAAAUUGAGGUUAUGGUGGCAGCUGCAGAGGUAUUUGGGUGUGAGAGACUUGACAUCAGAAGAGUUACAGGGUGUGUUAUGUGGUGGUGUUCCAUCCUUUCAGGUUGUUGAACUUAGGUAGGACUAAAUAGAUGUAAAUAGUGGAGUAGGGUGGUGUUUUUACUUUUUUUUAAUGUUAGAUGUAAAAAAAAAUUACAAGUAUUUAACUAGCCUUAUUUACAAUGACUGCCUACCCGGCCAAACCCUAACCCAAUUGUGCGCCGCCCUAUGGGACUCUCAAUCACGGCCGGUUGUGAUACAGCCUGGAUUUCGAACCAGGGUCUGUAGAGACUCCUCUAGCGCUGAGAUGCAGUGCCCUUAGACCGCUUGCGCUACUCGGGAGCUUUGUUUACUGAUAAAAAUAAAAAAAAAUCAAGAAAAGUAUAAGGGAGUUGUACUCCAGUCUAGUAGGUGGCGGUAAUGCCACAGUUAUUGUAUGCCAACCUCCGUUAAACCUCAUCAAAUAAGAAGAUUUACGCCAUCUGUCGUUGGAGUGAAGAUUGUUCUGUCUGUGGUUGCAGUUGUAAUAGCGUUCAGCAGACAGGACUUGCUUAAACCUUGGCGUUUACCGGGCAGAAGUUUCCACAUAUCCAGAAGAGAAGUUGGUUUGUUGUCAAAGUUGAGCUAAAGGAGAAUCAGAGAUGUGUGCUGCUGUCUACGUGUUGUCUACGGUGAUGGGGUAUGUGCUCACCUCUGCCUUGUUAUUGAAAUGCCCAACACUUCUUCAUCGGCGGAAGAGAGAGCCAUUCCUGAGCAGACACAUAUCCCAUCGUGGAGGGGCAGGUGAAAACCUGGAGAACACCAUGGCAGCUUUCAAGCAUGCAGUGGACCUUGGCACUGACAUGCUGGAGCUGGACUGUCACAUGACCAAGGACGAGCAGGUGGUCGUGUCACACGAUGCCAACCUGGAGAGGUCGACUGGCAUCAGUGCCUACAUCUCUGACGUGGCCUACGCCGAUCUGCCUCCUUACCUGUGCAAGCUUGGUGUGACUUUCCAGAGAGAAUGUGUCUGUGAGGGAGGGGAGGACAAACACAUUCCUCUCCUCGGGGAUGUGUUUGAGGCUUUCCCUAAGACCCCUGUCAACAUUGACAUCAAGGUCAACAAUGACACCCUUAUCAAGAAGGUCUCAGAGCUGGUUGUGAAGUAUGACAGAGAACACAUCACUGUUUGGGGCAACUCUAGCAACCAGAUUGUGCAGAAGUGUUACAAGGAGAACCCUCGUAUCCCAGUGCUGUUCAGCAUGCACAGGGUUCUAAUGCUGGUGGGUCUCUUCUACACCGGCCUUCUGCCAUUUGUGCCCCUCAAAGAGCAGUUCCUGGAGAUCCCCAUGCCCUCCAUCGUCACUAAACAUCUUAUGAGGGAUCCUGAUAAGAUGACCAGGAGUCAGCAUGUCAUCACCUGGCUGGCAGAUACCCUGCUGAUGAGAAGAGCUCUGUUCAAUCACCUAACAGCAAGGGGAAUACAAGUUUAUGUCUGGGUGCUGAACGACGAGAAGGACUUUAAGAGAGCCUUUGACCUGGGAGCCACAGGGGUCAUGACCGACUUCCCCACAAAGCUGAGGGACUUCAUGGAGAAGAAUGGCACUGCUAAAUCACUAAAUAAUCUAAAGACUGAAUGAUCUGCCGAAGUUUCCACUUCCCCACCACUAAAGCCAACUGACCUGUCAAACUAUCUCCAGACUCCAUGUCGAUACAGUAUUGUUUGAACACCAGCAUAGGCAGCUAAGAUUAUUUGGCCUUUGUCCUGCAUGUCAACUGGGCAAUAAGCCUUUUUAGUGUAUCUACUUUUACAGUAAUGUUUUGUUCGAUUUAAUUUAACAUGGUCAGUUCAGAUGUUAAUUGUAGUUGAGGGAUAUUUGAUCAAUAGGUGGUUCAAUAUUCAAGUGUGUUUUGAAUUUUGCUGUUUGACAAAUAAUGCACACAUCUGUCUUAUUCAAGACUUAUUUCAGUGCCAGUCUGUUUGUGCUAUAAUGCCAACUCCAUUGCUCAUAGUUGAGCCUAACAUGGCAUGACAAUGAAUGAAAAGGAGUUGGCAUGACAGCACAAAGACUGGCAUGACAAUUAAAGUGCCUUGCGAAAGUA